CCAAAACGAAAAAAUCGUGAAAAAUACAAUUUAAAUGACCUUAAUGAAGCUGUUAAUUUAGUUAAAAAAGGCUCCAUGACAGCAUGUAAUGCUUCAAAGCACUAUAAUAUACCAUUGACAUCUAUUAAGGAUAACGUGAAGGGCAUUUGGAAAUCAAACAAAAUAGGAACUCCUAAUUAUUUCACCAAUGAAGAAGAAAAAGAAAUUGCUAGUUGGUUACUAUUAUGUGCUAAAAGAGGAUAUCCAAGAAAUCGAAAUGAUGUAUUAAAAGCUGCUGAGGAUCUUCUUACGUUAAAGCGGAAAAGUAAGAAAACUCUUAAGGUAGGAAAAACAUGGCUUAAAAGAUUCCUUCAAAGAAACAAUGAGUUAUCAUUUCGAAUCGCAUCAAAAGUACCAAAAGCCAGUGCCAUUGUAUCAGAGUCAAAUAUAAGAGGAUGGCAUCAGCAGAUCACACAUGAACUUACGAACGAAAAUGUUAUCUAUAUAAUGCAGCAGCAUCCCGAAUGCAUUUUUAAUGGAGAUGAAUCAGGAUUUAAAUUAGUUUCUACUCAGAAUAAAGUGAUUGCCAAGCGUGGAUGUCGAUAUGUUUUAGAGAUUGCUCAAGGCCAGGAAAAAGCUUCAGUUACAGUAAUGUACACAAUAUCAGCAUCUGGAAUGUUGAUCCCACCUAUGAUUGUGUAUAAAAAAACUUAUAAGAUCGUUGAUAUUGCAAGAAAAAUGCCAGAAGAUUUUGCUUUACAACAAAACGAUACUGGCUACAUGAAGUCUGAUUUGAUGAUUGAAGUUGAUGAUGAUGAUGUUGCUACACCUUUAGUUAUAAUGAAUGCUUUUAGACGAUGUGGCAUAUAUCCAUGGAAUCCUGAUAAUAUCGAUUAUGGACGUUGCUUAGGAAAGAACACGAAAAAGAAAUGCUUAGAAGUGGAACAAGAAGAAAGAGAUGAACCAAUGAUUUCUGAUGAUUUUAAUGAAAUAGAUGAAAUAGACUAUGAAGAUUUUCGAGAUAUGAAUACGACUGAACCAUCUAUCUGCGUAAAAGAAAGCUCAGCAAACAUAUUAGAUUAUCCAAUAAUAUUUGAAGACGACCCUUCACUUAUUGAUCCUGAAAAUACAGCCUUAGCACAACCAGUAUUGGUACCCAGAAGCAUUUCCUUCACUUCAUUUCAAGAAAUAUCAAUCGAUAAUGAAUGCUUGCCGCCACCAAAUUCAAGAGCUCAAACAAAUAAUAAUAAAACAUUCCUUCUAUCGCUUCUAAUAAAAAUGAAUGAUCAGCACCAACAGUUUCUUGCUAAUCAAAAAAAAAUGUUAGAAUCUUUAUUAGGAAAGUGUGACAAUGAUCAAAAUAGAUCAAAGGAAAACGUUACUGAACAGAUUUUGAAAGUUCCUCCUUGUGCCAGAAGAAAAGGAAUAAGAAAUGUUCAGAAACUACCUCACGUAAUAAGCAGUAAAAAUUACAUUGAAUUAGUUGAAUCAAGAGAGAAAGAAAAAGAAGAAGAAGAGAUAAGAAAACGCGAACGUCGAGAAAACAACCUAAAACUACGAAAAAUCAAGCAGGAAAAACAUGAGGAAAAACGAAAUGAAAAAAUAAAAAAAGCAAGAAUUGAAGCAUUAUCUAAAUCAAAUAAAUCUGUUGAAUGUGUAAAAAAGCCAGUCGGUCGUCCUAAAAAACAGGAUAUCUCGGCAGUUUUCUAUCAAACAGUUAAGUAUCAAAUGCAUAAUCGAACACUCAAAACCAAUCAACUUGAAGUCAACACUGACGUAAGAACUCUACGUCCCAUUGCUCGGCUCAAAGAGCCAAGAGAUUUGUUCGCAUUGCCUAAGGAACGUGAUAAUGAGUGUGCCCAACAAUUGCCGCGAUGGCCAAAUGAAUGUCAGGUACUCGAUGAGCGCGUGUAUCACAUAGAAUAUGCACCAGAGCAACCCGAGCCCUACUACAAAGCCACAGGGAAGGAAUUACAGCCACGUCCUGUGGGUGAAGAACAUGGAAUCAUCGUCUACAACUACAUGCCCAUUAGUGCAGUUCAUUACCGUAAAUUAAAUAAACGACAUGACCAAGUGCGAACUUAUGGUCGUAACGAGGAUUUUAUCCACAUGGUUAGAAUUCGAAAUGAUUAUGAGUUCUGGGGUGAUUAUGCUGAUGACGAGAUCAGAGAGCGUAACAUGAUAAUUGGAAGAAGCUUACAAAGAAGUUUCGAUGAUUUUUAUUAUUUCAAUUACACUAAGCAAGCAAGAGAAUUUGAGUGUUUCUUUUGCUAUGAAAAAGUUGAUCCCGAUCUUAAUCGUUUUAAUAUUUUCUUGCGCAACAAUGACAUCUGUAAUCACACCAAUCAUUUUGAAAAUAUUUCAAUCCCGAAAAAAUACGAAAUUGAUGCUGAUAAUGUUCCAUGCUGGUGCAAUAACAUGCCACAGUUCUCACGUUCAAGUGUGGGAGGCUCAAAAUACCUACUCUCAGCUCAACCAUACGCUCUCGAUCCCGAUGACCUUAUUUUCGAAUCUCGUUUUGAAUCUGGAAACUUGGCGAGAGUUGUGAAAGUUACACAAAACUACUAUGAGCUAUAUUUACGACCAGACAUGUACACAAAUCGUCAUACACAAUGGUUUUACUUCCGAGUUAAAAAUACGAAAACCAAAAUCCCAUACAGAUUCUCAAUAGUUAAUCUGACAAAACCUGAUAGUUUGUAUAGAGAAGGAAUGCGCCCAUUGAUAUACUCAACGACAGAUGCCACGAACAACAAUAUAGGAUGGAAGCGAUGUGGUGAUAACAUUACUUAUUUUCGAAAUGAUGACAACAUUUACAGUACGAGAAACUACCAUCAAGUCUUGAUUGACGAUUUUGAUGAUGAUGAUAGUGGAAAUAUUUGUUCAUAUACGUUGACAUUUAAUAUUGAGUUUCAACAUGAAAACGAUACUGUAUUUUUUGCACAUAGCUAUCCAUACACGUAUUCUGACUUACAAGAUUAUUUGAUGAAUAUACAACGUCAUCCGAUUAAGUCAAAAUUUUGCAAAUUAAGGCUUUUGUGUCGUUCGGUAGCUGGAAAUAAUGUGUAUUACCUCACGGUCACGGCACCGUCAACACCAGAAGAAGAGGUACAAAAGAAAAAGAAAGCCGUUGUUAUAACGGCACGAGUACAUCCAGGUGAAACGCCAAGCUCAUGGAUGAUGAAAGGAUUUAUGGAUUUCAUAACUGGGGAUUCAUUUGUUGCGAAAAAACUACGCCAUAAAUUUAUUUUUAAACUUGUUCCAAUGUUAAAUCCCGAUGGUGUCAUCGUAGGCAACACGCGUAGUUCAUUAACGGGCCGUGAUCUGAAUCGACAAUAUCGAACCGUGAUUAGGGAAACAUAUCCGUCCAUUUGGAAUACAAAAGCGAUGAUUAAAAGACUGAUGGAAGAUUGCGGUGUUGCGUUAUACUGUGAUAUGCACGCUCAUUCAAGGAAGCACAACAUUUUCAUUUAUGGUUGUGAGAAUAUGAAGCGUCAUCCUGAUCGACGUCUUCUUGAACAAGUCUUCCCUUUAAUGUUGCAUAAAAAUGUUGCCGAUAAGUUUUCAUUUGAGAAUUGCAAGUUUCGUGUUCAAAAGAAUAAGGAAGGAACUGGAAGGAUUGUGGUAUGGGUGUUGGGAGUGACUAACAGCUACACUUUAGAAGCAUCAUUUGCUGGGAGUACUUUAGGAAGUAGAGCGGGAACACAUUUUUCAACAAUGGAUUACGAACAUCUCGGACGGGCAUUUUGUGAAACUCUCAUGGAUUAUUACGACGAUAAUCCACUCAAAGUAAAUAGUAGAAAUAAUUUACUGAGUAGUAUUAAGCAACAGCGAAAAGCUGAACGUAAAGCAAGAAAAGCACUGAAAGCUCAAAGAAUGGCAGAAAUGUUAAUCGAACAAGAAAAAAAACGCGAACUUGAUAUUAAAUUUCAAGAAAUUAACGAAAAAGAAAAGAUAAAGAAAUGCGACGCUUUUGAAAUUCGUGAUACGUUCAAUUGGGAUGAGUUAGAUGAAGAAUUUAAAAAUGAAAAUCUUGAAGAUGAUGGAUUUUAUAGAAAUAUUUAUUCAAUAGAUUAUCAUGAAAUUAUUUACAAGGAAUUGAGCAAAUUCACUGCACAAUUCCGUCGUGAGUUUGAUGAAACUGAAGCUUAUUUACGACAUCGCGAAAGGAUUCACGAAAGGGAAAAACGCGAGAAAUUAAAGAAAGCAGGAAAAUUAGAAAUGUAUCUUAAAGAAAAAGCUAUUAAAAAAGAAGAAGAAAUGAGUUCAAAGCAGGUUGAAACAAAAGAAACGUGGAGCUUAGAAAAAAUAUUUCAGGAGUAUAAAGAAACGAUUAAGUUUGGUGAGCAGCUGGUAAAUUACUCAAAGUUUGACGUCGAUGAAAAAAAGGUUGAAGCGAUUGUUAAACAAAUGAAAAAGGAGAAACGAAUUCAAAAUGCGAAGAAAGCUUACAUGGAGGAAGAUCUUGAGCCUGAAAUCGAAGACCCUGAUGAAUUCAAACCACAAAUGGCUGGAAAAACUGGUUUACCAACAUUCUUCUUCUCCAAUCUCGAAAAAUUAAGAACGAAAAUUUUAACUCGCUUGUCGAAGGAAGGUUCGAGUGCUGAUGAACCGCUCAACAUUCCACUUUCAGACUAUUCAAGUGACGAAGGUGACUCAAGCUCAAGUUCAGAUGACGAGGGUAAAGACAGUUUUUGCGAUUUGGAAGGACCAUGUUGUCAAACACUUCGCGUUCCACCCUCAUCCCCCGUUUUUGUUCAAAAGAAACCGCGGAGUGAGAAGAAUAACACAAAAAGUAAGCAACGACGUCGAACGAUUUCAUCAACAAAGCGAACCAAACUAUUGACCCGCUCAGUCAUGGAUAUUCCAACGACAGAUCCUGGAUGUGAUUUCAUUGAAUAUUACACAACAGAAGAUGAAUGCGAAACAGAUUACGAUACCGAAGGAAAUGUCUUGACAAAGACUUCAGUUUCGAGAAUUUCGAAAAUCAUUCGCAGCGACAUUCGUAAAACUUCUUUAAGCUAUGAUGCUAUCAUGAUGCCUCCAGAAUUGAUUAUAACUAAGGUCAAUGAUGACAAUCAACUCAGUCUAACAGAUCUUCCUACCGAAAAUAAAACAACAAUCGAAACAAAGCCGUCUGUUUGUUUUUCACAAAACUUUAGUAAGGAGUUUCCUCCCAUCGCUCAAAAAACAAAGUCAUGGCAUAACUUUAGUCGCUGCAUGUCGACAGUAAAAAUCCGCAAUACCAAUUGUGAUACUGAUGCAAUAUUACAAACUGCCGAAAACCUUCAUAUUAAACUAUCGUUAAAGAAGCAAAUUUGGACUGGAACACAAUCAGACUCAACAGUAUUAGAUUUUACGCGACCAUUGUCUUAUGGUGCUCAUUCAUCAUCAGCUAUGAUGUUUAACAAGUCAAUUUUCUACGAUAGUGAAGCGCUUCUUUCUGCAUGUUCACAAAAGCUUGCUGCUUGGAAAGAAAAUGGAGAACUUGGAUUUGAAAAGCUAAAAUUAACGAAAUCAGCAAGAGAACCGAAAAAAGCAAAGCAAGAUAUGAAAAGUGUUAACACUAAACCCAACAAAUUGGAAGUGAAAACAGUGAUUCCACCAGAAGUUGUUAAUAUCACUACUGGGAAAUCAAGAAGAAAAAGAUCAACCUUCCACAAACUUGUUGAAACUGCUGAUAUAAUAUCUCAGUUCGCUAAAAACACGAAGAGUUCGAGUGCAAAAAUAAGAAAACCAGUUGUUCAAAGCUCAAGUACCGUAGACGCUACAACUAAAAGUAACAAAUUUAAAACUUCUGGUUUGGUAGCCACUGCUGCUGUGCCACCAAGAAAAUAUAGGAAAUCAUCGACACAUCAAACACCUUUGCCUUUACAAACAUCAACCCCGUGUCUUAAAAUCAACGAUAAUACUGAUUCCGAACAGGAAAAUAUAUCGAAAAUUCCAAUUAAAAGGGCAACAAAAAAAUCUUUGAGAUUAUUCAAGGAAAGUGCCUCGCGUAAAUUAGAGAAAACGUCAUAACUAGUGUUAAAUUUAUGCUCUGUUUUGGCAUUUAACAUGCACAUAAAUAAACCAUUAUUCUCAAUUUUCUUAGCAGA